UUUUUUAGGGAGGGGUUGUGUUUCAAAACCAAGUCACUGCUGCGCUGAAAAGAAGCUGCCGCUCUAGAAGUUUCCUCCAUGAGGUCUAAAUACUCAGAUGAUCUAUUGUGGACACUUUGCCAGGGGGAUACUGGGCAUUCCUGUGUUUGCAACUGUGCACACACACACACGGGGUAUAUGUCUGCACUGCAGGGGGGCGGCUGGCAGUUAAAUAAAGCAGCGCGCCAGAAGAGAAGGAAUGAGAGAGGGGCAAAGAGGGAGAGAGAGUGAGAGAAUGACAGAGAGGAGGAAGACGAGGGAGGGGCAGAGGGGAGGCAGACAGAUUUAUUUCCACAGCUGAGUGCUGCCCCUCUCUUUCCUCUCCGGCUUGGCGUGGACCUGUGAUAGACAGACGCGAGGGGGAGAGUGACGACAGAGCCGUGGGGAAGAGUGAGGGGAAGAAGGGACUAAACUAAGUGCAGGAGGAGGACUGUGGACAUGGAUGCCCUAGCACUAGAGGCCACCAGCAGUAAAAAGACGAUUAACGGGGCGGCGGCGGCGGCUCCCCUGCUGCCAGCUCAAGCCCCUGUCAAACGCAAACCUGCCAAAAAAAUUAAAAAGGCUGUUGUUUUCUUUGAGGUGGAGAUACUGGAUGCCAAGACCAAGGACAAGCUGUGCUUCCUGGACAAGGUCGAGCCAAAUGCCACUAUUGGGGAGAUCAAGUCAAUGUUCCACAAGAGCCAUCCCCAGUGGUACCCAGCCAGACAGUCCAUUCGCCUGGACCCCAAGGGGAAGUCUCUGAAGGAUGAGGAUGUCCUGCAGCAUCUUCCCGUGGGAACCACGGCAACCUUCUACUUCAGAGAUCUGGGAGCUCAGAUCAGCUGGGUCACAGUAUUUCUGACGGAGUAUACUGGUCCUCUGGUCAUCUAUCUGAUGUUCUACUUCAGGGUUCCCUUCAUUUAUGCUCCUAAAUAUGAUUUUACCACCAGUAAACACUGGGUCGUACAUCUGGCCUGUAUGUGUCACUCCUUCCACUAUAUGAAGCGGCUGCUGGAGACUCUGUUUGUCCAUCGCUUCUCUCAUGGAACGAUGCCGUUACGCAACAUCUUUAAGAACUGUACGUACUACUGGGGCUUUGCGGCAUGGAUGGCCUAUUACAUCAACCACCCGUUGUAUACGCCGCCCAUCUAUGGGGAGCAACAGAUAAGACUGGCCCUCAUCAUAUUCUUGUUCUGUCAGAUCGGCAACUUUUCCAUUCACAUCGCUCUCCGGAACCUCCGUCCACCAGGCUCCAAGACCAGGAAGAUUCCCUAUCCCACCAAGAAUCCUUUCACCUGGAUCUUCCUGCUGGUUUCCUGCCCCAACUACACCUAUGAAUUGGGUUCCUGGCUUGGCUUCACAGUCAUGACGCAGUGCCUGCCGGUGGCUUUCUUCACCAUGGUGGGUUUCAUCCAGAUGACCGUCUGGGCCAAGGGGAAGCACCGCAGCUACCUGAAGGAGUUCCGCGACUACCCUCCCCUCCGCUCACCAAUCCUGCCGUUUGUCCUGUAGACGGCUAUCUGGCCACUCCUUCACCCAUCCAGCCCUCUCCAGUUGUAGGGCUCAAAGCCAAACUGAGAGGGUUCACCUCCUCGUUUCUUUCCUCUCUGCACCAGAACUUCAUAGAAUGACAGAAUCUAACUCUGUCCUCCUUCUUCCUUUCCUCCCAGCCCAAAUUGUCUUUCUCCCUCCCUGCUCUAGAUCCCUGUCAUGCUGUGAAAACAUAAAUAUCACUUGCUUUUUUUUUAAUGGUCAACUGGCUUAAAUGCUUUUGGUCUCCCAGAGCAGUCUUCCCCUUCAAGCUGCCCAGUGUUUUCUGAAAGACGUGCUGUACAUAAGGACUGUGAGAUGUCGCACCACUCUUGUUAUGUCAUCCUAUACUGUUGUUUUGGGGCGGAUUCUGCAUCUGGUGAAAUUCAGUAAAUCUUUAAACUGUUUAGUUUUCGUAUCUUACUCUUGAGGCUAUGACAGCAUUUAAUUUUGUUGAUGUCUGAUCAAGUAAUUUAUUAAUAAAAAGAUGGAAACCAAAA